GGGGCGGGCGAGGCGCCCGCGCUGAGUGUCCCGCCCCGCUGUCCAGUGCUGGCCGAUGCCAACUUCCCGGCGGCCUCCGUGUGCCGGUGCGGCCCCGAGGAGAUCCGCGCCAGUGGCCUGGGCAUCCCCCAGCUCCUGGAGGCUGUGCUGCAGCUGCUGCCGCUGGAUACCUACGUGGAGAGCCCGGCCACGGUCAUGGAGCUGGAGCCCAGGGACGUGGAGAGGGGCCUGCAGACCCCGCUGUGGGGGAGCUACCAGUCCAUCCUCCGCAGGGCCGGCUGUGAGAGCCCGCUGGGCAGGAUGGACAGGUUCGCAUUUUACCAACGGGCCAGGAAGGCGUUUGCUGUGGUGGCGACCGGGGAGACGGCCCUCUACGGGAACCUCAUCCUCAAGAAGGGGGUGCUGCCCCCCGACUCCUUGUGCCAGGCCUGACGAAGACCCCGGGCGGUCGCUGCAGAGGGCCGGCCCCGCUGGCGGGGCGGGAGGCCCCGCUCCUGAAUACAAAGGCGAAGCUCCGA